CCUUUUGUGAACUUCAAUGUUUUGAUUUAGCAGAUGUUUGAAGUAUAGUUGGCUUUCACGCCCUUUCGAAAGAUAAUAUAAGUAAUUUGAAUUAUCUGAGGUAAAAUAAAAUGAGUGGAGAAAUAGAAAUCGCACGUAUGAGGAGUCUUGAUGAUUUCUUAUUGGAAUCAGCAAGGUUUCAAAUUCCUAAUUUCAAAGAUUUAGAUAAAUGGUCUAAUCGUGUCUGCAACAAUUUACUUUAUUAUCAGACAAAUUAUUUUUUCAUGGCUGUGGUUGUGUUUCUUAUUGUUGGACUUAUUCAUCCUGCUAAAAUGCUGUGUGGUAUUCUUGCAAUGCUGGCUGCAUUUGGGAUUUUUUGUUAUAUUACAAAUUCUAAGAGAUCUGCUACAAAGUUCAAACGAGAUCAUCCAGUCAUAAGUCUGUUUGUUAUCUUUACAGGUGGUUACUUUGUUGUGUAUAUGCUGGGCUCAGUUCUAGUUUUCCUGUUCGGGAUUAUGUUGCCAAUACUUUUGAUAUUCAUUCAUGCUUCAAUGAGACUUCGAAAUAUACACAAUAAGCUAACUAAUAAGAUAGAAACUAUUGGACUUAAGAAGACUCCUAUGGGGCUGUUACUAGAAGCUCUUGGUCAAGAACACAGUAAUAUGAAGAAGGAUUUUCUGAUGCCUAAUAUGAGAAUGAAGCAUUCAACAUCCAACUUGGUACAGCAGUUUUUUACAGAUAUGUCACAUUAGCAUGUAGUGGUCAAACUAUAUAAUACAAGAAUUACAACUUGAGGGAAAGGUUUUUCAUCUAAAUAUUUUUCAUCAAAUAUAAUCAAAUUUUAACUAAAGUACUACUUGUCCUUUUUCUUAUUAUAUGGUUAAGUAAAAAAUAAUUUUUUAAAGUAUGUGGUUGUGGUAGUUAAAUCAUUUUUCCAGCAUUAAAUAAUAAAGCACAAUUAUAUUUGUAUUUUGAUUUUUCAUAAUUAAAUAUAUAUUAAAAUGAAAAAAAUCAUGUAAUCACUCAAGUAAGAUAAGAGAACUUCAUCCUGUUCAUGUUCUUAUUUUAUUAUGUUUUCAUUAUUAUGCUUAGCAUUAUUCAAUAAAUCUCUACAUUUAGCAUUAUUGAAUGAUCCAGUUAUAGCUUUCUGAAAUUCAAUCUCCUGGUUGCUGUGCAUUUGAACAUCAGUGGGAUUAUUUUUUUAGUCAUAUUAAAACUAAUUAAACUAGGUGACUUAAAGUAUGCAAUUAAAAAUUAAAAAAAAUUAUUCAUUAGGUUGAGACUUUAUUUCUUUCAAUCAAACAAAGCAAGUUACUUAAAUCUGCAGUAUAAAUGAUUAUUUAUUAAUAAUAUUCUGUUUCUCUUAAAUAUAUUGUAAUUAUUUCAAGACUGAGGAAAAUUUCUUUUUUUGUUGAAAUAAAAUUCUUGUUUUAUUCUAUACUUGAGGUAAUCAAAUGAAUGUUAAAUUUAUGAAAAGAAAUUUAUUGAAGUAUUAAAAUGGAUGAUAAAAUCACCACAUUCCUCUAAUUACUUUCUUGGCUUUUAAGUUUGGCUAGAGUUUUUACAGAUUACAGUAAAAAAAGACAUGAUUUUAAGUUGCAUUGUUUUUUAAACCCAAGUCCAAAUAUCUGAACUGGAAAAAAAAGUCUGAAGAAUCAAGUUGUAGAAAGUGUGUUAAAUCUAGUCAUCGUGAAAUCUUAUUUCAUAACAGUCAUUUGUAUUAUUGGGCUGUGAGAGUCUUUUUUUUUUUUUUUUUUUUUUUUUU